AUGGAGUCUCCGAAUGCGCCGGAGCAAGCCAGGGAGAGUUGUAGUUGGAGCGGUCGGAUGUGGUGGCGCACGCUACUGACCGUGGGCGGGCGGGCGAGCGGCUGGGCGGGCGGGCAGGCUGUGCCAGGGGUCGCGCAGGCGCAGCGAGCAGUCGAGCGGCUGGUCCAGCUCCAGCGCGGGCAUGGCGCGGCCGCCGCCGGUGCCGGGUCGCGCCGUCUCUACGUACGUCCGCACUGCAAGCGCGCGAGCGACUCACUGACGCGCGGCCCGCGCUUUUUUCAGACGGUUUUUUCCGGCGCGGGGGCGGGCCGCGCGCCACCAAUCGCAGCCGCCGCCCACCGCCGCCCGCCCCCGCCCCCCAUACACCCGCCACCACCCGCUCUUAUUUACGUGCCGUAUAUUAAAAGGGUUUUCCGCGAGCCGUUAUGGAUUUUCCUCGCGCUUUACAUACGACUUUUCCGACCCGAACGCGGACUGAAUUUCAGCGGACUACGCGACGUUCUUACAGGAAUAAAACUCCUGUGA